AUGGGGCAGCAGUCGAUGAUCUACAGCUUCGUGGCGAGGGGGACGGUGAUCCUGGCCUCCUACACGGAGUUCUCGGGGAACUUCACCAGCAUCGCCUCCCAAUGUCUCCAGAAACUCCCGGCCAGCAACAACAAGUUUACCUACAACUGCGAUGGCCACACCUUCAACUACCUCGUCGAGGACGGAUACAGUUGAGUAACCUCGCCCGGUCAUUGCUCAUUCGAUCGCUUCGUUUUCGUGAUAAUUUCCGUCGGAUUUCUACCAUUUGAUGAUAUUUGAGUUGGUAUUGUGGCGUGGAUGUGAUGUUCCGUUUGAUAUUGUGAUCAGAUCUAUAGCUCUUCGCGUGGUUUGGUGUUCCUUGCUCCGCGUGGGCGGCGUGGUUUGGUUUAGGGAAAUGAUUUGAAAAUUUGGUGCGGCGAUGGAUUUUCCAGUUAUUCGGGAUUUUCCCGUUGAUUCAUGAUCUGAUCCGCUUUUGUAGCUUGAUUUCGUGAGGUUUGGAUUUGGGAGGAUUUAAUCGCGUAAGGUACACGUGGAAGAUGUACUUCUACAGAUCUGAUAACGGAGGAGGGUAAUCAGGUUGGAUCGUAGAUUUUUUUGUAGUUGGUGGCAACGUCCGAUGGCUCUAGAUGUGAGGGAUCAGCGUUGAGUAAUCGUAAUUUCCUGAUCUGUUAUCGUUCGUGUCUUGUUUUGAAUAGUUCUUAUGACCUGAAAGCGAAAAAGCUCGGACAAUUUUUUCUCGGAGGGAUGUCGACCAUAUUUGUUCAGGAACUUUAGUCUAUGUCAGCCUAGUCGAUUGUUUUGCAGUUCAACGGCUUCCAUUCUUUUAUUCUCUUACACUUUUUGGUGUUCAUUUCGUCUUGUUUUUUUACGGGAGACCUCAAUUGGAUAAUUUUUUGUUGAAUCAUCAACUUGUUUCCUCUGCCUUUUGCCAUCCAGGCUCGAGUCCACCCCAUACUUAAUCCUCUUUUUCAUCUGUCCGUUUCUUUGUUGAGGGAAGUAUCUAGUGAUUGGGUUGUUCACGUUCCUCUUUGAUCUCUGUGGUUAUUCUAAACAAGAACUUGCAACGUAAGUCCUAGUUAGGUAAAUUGCGGUCGCAAUAGGGGAUCACUAACGUGCUGAUCAGAUAUGUAUUCCUAGUUGAUAUAUUAUCGCAUAAUGUUUAAACAUUUUCUUUUCUUAUUGUGUCACCCUGAUGAGUUGCAUUUAAAGACAUAUUUAGCUCACAUAAAAAAUCGUUUCCUAGAGGACUAUUCCUGGUACCAUUUCCAAACGUAAUCCUCCUCCGUUGUUUGGCCAAUGUGCUUCUCUAACUUAUUUUCGAGAAUGUGUUUCCGCUUAGCUGUCCGUGAUAACAGCUGCUAUCUAAUUAAACGCAAGUUUUAUGCUCAGUAAUGUUUUAGAUGAAAGUAGCACUGCAUGACAAUAUUGCUGUAGUUGGGAUCUGGUUUGGCUCACCUAGGAAAAUGAACUGUUGAAUCAUUAUAUUCUGUGCAUUUAUCUGUGAAUAUUUAUUUUUUGUUAAAGUUAUUAUAUGAUCCAAAUCAUGAAGCAUCAUGUCCUUACGUGAUAGAUCUGCACAUCCCAGAUCACAUGUAAGAAGAUGUUGUAAGUUGGCAGCUUUGUAUCCUUCUCGCCAAGCCUCGUCAGGUCAUCACUUUAAUGUUUCGGACUCUACUAAUUGGAUACAGAUGGACCAUUAUAUCCUUUUAGAAAUCACGAACGAGAGUAUUGGAAAUGUGCAAGAGUGAAUAAAGUUGAAGUGUGAGAAGUCUGAAGAUAGUGUUUGGGAAGACUUCUUUCAUACAUGUAAUCUCUCGCAAAUUAGAGAUGAUAAGACGGUGUCAGAGAGGUGCUGGAAAGCGAUAUAAGUAAGCUAGACUAUGAAAAAUCUCUAACCUCACAGACUAUGAACAAGACGGUUUUUUUUGUUUCUGCAUAGAAAAUCUCUAACCUCACAGAGGGCAGACAGUGGCAAAAAAUACAUAUGAACACGAGAUUCAAUGAUACGUAGCAAGGCAAAAACAUUCUGAUACAUAGUUAGUGGAAGACUGAGAUGGUACGAACUUGAAGUAUUCAGGACAAUAUUUAAGAGGAACUGUAGUUAUUUGGAAUACUGAAUCUUUGAGGUGAAAUUCCGAUGAAAGGCAGUAAUAUUUCAAAUUUACAUUAUCCGUGGGGAAGGUUUUUCCUCUACAGUCCACAGAGAAAAUAGUAAUGAAGGAAGAUACAGCAAAAAACCAAGGACACGGGCAAACUUUCUGGACAGUCCGAAUGAUGGUAAUGUGAUCUUUUUGGGUCAGGAAGGCCGUUGUGAAUGAUGGCUUGGAGGCAAGUUUUUCUUUCAUUCGUGGUGCAUUGAAAUCCUCAACAAUCCGAAAUACAUAAGAGCAUAUUACAGGAGAUCUUCCCCAUCAAAGUCGCUUGGAAUCUGUGGAUGAUGGCUGGGAGGCAGUUUUUUCUUUUGGGGUAGUUAUAUCUGGUGAGCAAAUUGAUCUUCUGCCGCAGUAUUCAUUUUUUUUUAUUGGCAGGGUAUCAUGAAAAUACAGAAGCUUCUUAGGUAUGUUGUGUAUUCGUGUGAGAAUAUGAGGCCGAACAUUCGUUUCCCUAGCAAAUGGUGUCUAAAUCCAGACGGAACCUGAGAAUCUCUCCCUGCUUGCUUAAACUGCUUCCAUUUUAGUUUACUGCCCUGCCAAAUCCGAAUGGGUGGUUCUCAUUAGUGAUUUAUGUUUGAGACUAGGCAGCCAGUUUCGAAGACUUUCACCAAAGGUUUCGUCAAGGCCUUCUCCCGGCAUUUCUUCCUCCCCCUCCCUUAACCUUUUCAUUAGUUCAUUUUCUCCUUAACCGCGCUCACCACGGUUUAUCGUCCUUUUUUGAUUCCCCCGUGGUAACCGAUUCAUUGGAUGACAGCCUACUGCGUGGUGGCCGUGGAGUCGGUCGGGAGGCAAGUUCCCAUCGCUUUCUUGGAGCGGAUCAAGGAAGAUUUCGUGAAGAGAUACGGAGGAGGAAAAGCUGCGACGGCCGCCGCCAACAGCCUCGACAGGGAAUUCGGGUACGUCGCCGCUCUCUUCUGCCCUCCCCGAACGUACGACCACGCCGCCGCCUUCUCUUCUUGACUCGCCCUCCCACCGUCGGAAUCCCCAGGUCCAAGCUGAAGGAGCACAUGCAGUACUGCGUCGACCAUCCCGAGGAGAUCAGCAAGCUCGCGAAAGUCAAAGCUCAGGUGUCGGAAGUCAAAGGAGUGAUGAUGGAGAACAUCGAAAAGGUCAGAAGAACCUCCCCCCCUCCCUUCUCGUCUCCCUCAUCUCACUCGAUUCCCUCCGUUGUUCCCCCCCCCCCACAGGUCCUCGACCGUGGCGAGAAGAUUGAGCUCCUCGUCGACAAGACCGAGAACCUCCGCUCUCAGGCCGGUCUCCCCACCUCCCCACCCUCUGUGAUUCAUUUCCUGAAAUAGCCCCCGCUCUCUCUGCUCGUCCCAUGGCUCCCAGCCUGACGCGGUAGAAAUUGUCGCAGGCCCAGGACUUCAGGCAGCAGGGGACCAAGCUGAGAAAGAAGAUGUGGCUGCAGAACAUGAAGAUCAAGCUCAUCGUGCUGGGCAUAAUCAUCGCCCUGAUCCUGAUCAUCGUCUUGUCCGUCUGCCACGGCUUCAAGUGCUGA